UUCCGCGGUAGCGGCGGCGGCAGUACGGCGCCGCGUCUGGGGAGUGGCUCUCCCCUCCCCCUCCCCCCGGUACCGUGGCGGCGGCUCCUCCCACUGAGGGGGUGGUGCGGCGGCGGUGGCAUCUACGGCCAUGGCGGCGACUACCGCUAACCCCGAAAUGACAUCGGAUGUACCAUCACUGGGUCCAGCCAUUGCCUCUGGAAACCCUGGCCCUGGGAUUCAAGGUGGAGGAGCCAUUGCUCAGAGGGCUGUUAAGCGACGACCAGGAUUGGAUUUUGAUGAUGAUGGAGAAGGGAACAGUAAAUUUUUGAGGUGUGAUGAUGAUCAGAUGUCUAAUGAUAAGGAGCGGUUUGCCAGGUCGGAUGAUGAGCAGAGCUCUGCGGAUAAGGAGAGACUCGCCAGGGAAAAUCACAGUGAAAUUGAACGGCGGCGACGGAACAAGAUGACAGCCUACAUAACAGAACUGUCAGACAUGGUACCCACCUGUAGUGCCCUGGCUCGAAAACCAGACAAGCUAACCAUCUUACGCAUGGCAGUUUCUCACAUGAAGUCCUUGCGAGGAACUGGCAACACAUCCACUGAUGGCACCUACAAGCCGUCUUUCCUCACUGAUCAGGAACUGAAACAUUUGAUCUUGGAGGCAGCAGAUGGCUUUCUGUUUAUUGUCUCAUGUGAGACAGGCCGGGUGGUAUAUGUCUCUGACUCAGUGACCCCUGUUUUGAACCAGCCACAGUCUGAAUGGUUUGGUAGCACACUCUAUGAUCAGGUGCACCCAGAUGAUGUGGACAAACUUCGUGAGCAGCUUUCCACUUCGGAAAACGCCCUGACAGGGCGUAUCCUUGAUCUGAAGACUGGAACAGUGAAAAAGGAAGGUCAGCAGUCUUCCAUGAGGAUGUGCAUGGGCUCAAGGAGAUCUUUUAUUUGCCGUAUGAGAUGUGGCAGUAGCUCUGUGGACCCGGUCUCCAUGAACAGACUGAGCUUUGUGAGAAACAGAUGCAGGAAUGGACUUGGUUCUGUGAAGGAUGGGGAGCCUCAUUUCGUGGUGGUCCACUGCACAGGUUAUAUCAAGGCCUGGCCCCCAGCAGGUGUCUCCCUCCCAGAUGAUGACCCAGAGGCUGGCCAGGGGAGCAAGUUUUGCCUAGUGGCCAUUGGCAGAUUGCAGGUAACUAGUUCUCCCAACUGUACAGACAUGAGUAAUGUUUGUCAACCAACAGAGUUCAUCUCUCGACACAAUAUUGAGGGAAUCUUCACUUUUGUGGAUCAUCGCUGUGUGGCUACUGUUGGCUACCAACCGCAGGAGCUCUUAGGAAAGAAUAUUGUAGAAUUCUGUCAUCCUGAAGACCAGCAGCUUCUGAGAGACAGCUUCCAGCAGGUGGUGAAGUUAAAAGGCCAGGUGCUAUCUGUCAUGUUCCGGUUUCGGUCUAAGAACCGAGAAUGGCUCUGGAUGAGAACCAGCUCUUUUACUUUCCAGAACCCUUACUCAGAUGAAAUUGAGUACAUCAUCUGUACCAACACCAAUGUGAAGAACUCUAGCCAGGAGCCACGGCCUACACUGUCCAACACGAUCCAGAGGCCACAGCUAGGUCCCACAGCUAAUUUAUCCCUGGAGAUGGGCUCAGGGCAACUGGCACCCAGGCAGCAGCAACAGCAAACAGAAUUGGAUGUGGUACCAGGAAGAGAUGGUCUAGCCAGCUACAAUCAUUCCCAGGUUUCUGUUCAGCCUGUGACAGCCACAGGGCCAGAACACAGCAAGCCCCUCGAGAAGUCAGAGGGUCUGUUUGCCCAAGAUAGAGAUCCUAGAUUUUCUGAAAUCUACUCCAGCAUCAGUACGGAUCAGAGUAAAGGCAUCUCCUCCAGCACUGUCCCUGCCACCCAACAGCUUUUCUCCCAGGGCAACACAUUCCCUCCUACCCCCCGGCCGGCAGAGAACUUCAGAAAUAGUGGUCUGACCCCUCCUGUAACCAUUGUCCAGCCAUCAGCUUCUGCAGGGCAGAUGUUGGCCCAGAUUUCUCGCCACUCCAAUCCUACCCAGGGAGCAGCCCCAGCUUGGACCCCUAGCACCCGCCCAGCCUUCUCUGCCCAGGUGGCUACCCAGGCCACAGCCAAGACUCGUUCUUCCCAAUUUGGUGUAGGCAGCUUUCAGACUCCAUCCUCUUUCAGCCCCAUGUCCCUCCCUGGUGCUUCCACUACAUCACCUGGUGCUGCUGCCUACCCAAGUCUCACCAAUCGUGGAUCCAACUUUGCUCCUGAGACGGGACAGACUGCAGGACAGUUCCAGACACGGACAGCAGAGGGUGUGGCUGUCUGGCCACAGUGGCAGGGCCAGCAGCCUCAUCAUCGCUCAAGUUCUAAUGAGCAACAUGUUCAACAGCCAUCAGCACAGCAACCUGGACAGCCUGAGGUCUUUCAGGAGAUGCUGUCCAUGCUGGGAGACCAGAGCAACAGUUACAACAAUGAAGAAUUUCCUGAUCUAACUAUGUUUCCCUCCUUUUCAGAAUAGAACUAUUGGGGUGAGGAUAAGGGGUGGGGGAGAAAAAAAAUCACCAUUUGUUUUUUAAAAGCAAAUCUUUCUGUAAACAGAAUAAAAGUUCCUCUCCCUUCCCUUCCCUCACCCCUGAUGUAUACUCCCUUUUCCUGCUGACCUUUGCCUUGUCUUCCUGCCUCUCUGAGAUAUUUAUAAAAGAAAUGGAGUGAAUCCUCAAGGCUUUGGGGACCCUUUGGAAAAUUGAGGCUGGGUAAGGUUAAGAAUGCCUUUCCUCACGUCUCCUGACCAGAAAUUUGUGCAGAGAUGAUUUGUGCUGGCUCAAGGGGCAGGUUAGAGAACCUGACAUCCACUAUUUGCCUUGGAUACUGUGGCUUAUUUUUGGAAAGAAAUUCUGAAUAAGGUGGGAGGGGAGAAAUGUCCUCAUGUUUGAGGACGAUGAAACAUGGUAGGUAUACAUGGGGCUUUAGGAAGUGAGCAUAGGCUCUUUGUGCUGCCUAUGAGCAAUUCCUCUGGAAAGAAACAUGCGUAAGAAAGUGAGAGAGAGAGCGCGUGUGUGUGUGCGUGCGCGCGUGCACACGCAUGUGCACGUUUGUUUCUGUGUUUGUUUCUUUCUCCCUUUUGGGGAGUUAUGCAAAAUUUGUCCCAGAUUUUAUCUUUGUCUUUCUCUGUGUUUUUCAAAGAGUCCUAAGGAGUUAAAUCUUCCAGGUGUUUUCCGCUUAGUAUUGCGGCCAAAGAGUAUUUAAAUAAAUGUCUUUGCUGCACUUAUAUCUAUGCCCAGCCAUAUGCCCAAGUGUAAGCAAAUAUACAAAGUCUUCUGUUGAAAUGGUUGGUCUCUCAUCAAACAUAUAUAGUGGUAAAGCUGGGUCAUGUCUGCUUUUGGUGCUCUCGCCUUAUAUGGAAGAUCUGCAAACAUUACAGGAAUAGGCUGGCAAGAUAAACACUUUCAGAAACCCCCUUGGCCGUAAGGAUAAUGCUGCAUUUUCUGUCAGAAUCACAUAUAAUGUGUGUUCUGUGGAGGUUUUAUCUGCAUGGAAACUCAACUUCUUGGAUUAGCAGUCCCAGUGAAAAUCCUCACUGAUGGAGUUUAAACCAAAUACCAAGCCUUUUUGCAAAGUAACCUCUUUCAUCCCAUUCUCAAAGUAUCCAGUCUGCAAGAAACUGAGAUUUAGGUCUCUUCUGGGCCUAUAGUUCUUUCCUCUUUGCUCCCUCUCCAAUCUUGAGAUUGGAUUUUGCUUUAUAGUACAAAUGUAAUAAAUCCAUGUGAUAGAUGGGACCUGGACGCCCAUCCCGACAGGGUCACUUAGUAAUUAACUAUAGCCAUAUAAAUGCGGAUACAGGUUACUACUCUCACUCUUUACCUUCCUCAGGUAACAGUCAUGUGUAUCAGCCUUUUUUUUGUUUAUUUGUUUGGCUCAGGCCAGUAUCUUAAGUGCAAGAAUGAAUUAAUAAGCAGACGACAUACUAAAUGUAGCCAUAGGGGACUGAGGAACACAGGUGGCCUUGAAGAGGCUGAGAGAAUGUCAUUAGGUUCCCCUCCCUCUUGUCUCCAGUCUGGUGGCAGGUAGCGGAGUGGAAAAGGAGACAGUUUAUUUUUUUAUUCUAUCUGCACACAUACAAUAUACAUAUAUAUUUAUAUCACAGUUUAAGAAACCAAAAAGUUGAGUUUCCAAUGAAAUCCUUGUUUUUUUAAUAAUCAACUGUUUUUAAAUGUGAUCAGGACUAUAAUAUUGUACAGUUAUAGGGCUUUUGGGGAAGGGGAGGGGCGGGAGAAGAUGCUCUGGGGGUUUUGUUCCUGCUUUUCCUUCAGGGUUUUAUUUUUGAUUUUUUUUUCUUGUUGGCCAUUUCUGUACUGCUGGCAUCUGUGCUGAGCCUUACAGUGGCAAAAAUAAUGACAUGUAGCAAAGAUUUUAAAACAAAAUAUUUUUUUCCUUUUGUAAACUUUCUUGUGUUGUGUGAUCUUGAUUGCGGCUUUAUCAUCCCUUCCCAGCUCAUAAACAACAAACACCCACAAUCAGUUGAAUCCAUAGCUUGCGCUUCGAAUAUAUAAAUAUAAAGCACAGUAUGUCUAUAAUUUCAGGAAUCAGAAAUCAUAGGGCUCUGAUCACUCAGCAUUCCUUAGUUGUCCUCCUGAUCCUGACUCAUC